UUGAAUAUGACAGUGACAGCUUUCACUUUGACAGACUCGUGACCACUGAGGUUAAGAAUUUCCUAAAUAUGUUUUAAUUUUUAUUUCUACGCAGUGAUACUGUUAUGCAAUAGUAAAUAUUGCAACCACGCCAAGGACUCAUGUUUUAUCGUUACACGUGCACAUUAUUUUUACCCCAGCACCUGGCACAGGAAACGGGAGAUAUUUUAAAAAUCAUCACCCAGAAUGCAGUCAAUGACCAUGGGCUUCAGAAGGCUGAUGACAAAUUUCCGUGGCUAUAGUCCUGUCUCCAAGUUCAGAAGAGUCGUGAAAGUGGCAUUCAGUGAUAAAUAUUUAUUAUACACAAAUGUUACAAUUUCCUUAAGUCUAUCAGCAUUAGGUGAUAUAGCAGAACAGAGCUAUGAACUAUACUGUAAAGAACUAGAAUGUUAUGAUGUGAAACGGACUUUACACAUGGCUUGUUCAGGAGUUGCUGUGGGUGUCUUGUGUCACCAUUGGUACAAAGUUUUAGACAAAUUUAUCGUAGGAAAGACUUUUGAUAUGGUUGUUAAGAAACUGAUCCUUGAUCAGUUCAUAUUCUCGCCUAUUAUGAUAAUAACUUUCUUUGGGAGUUUAGCGUUGUUUGAGGAGAAUCCUUUAGAAAAUUUUAAAGAUGAAGUUCAAGGUAAAUUUAUUACCCUUUACCAAGCCGAGUGGGUUGUGUGGCCGCCCGCGCAGAUCAUUAAUUUCUAUUUCCUCCCCACUAGAUACAGAGUAUUGUACGACAAUACGAUAUCAUUAGGAUACGAUAUAUACACCUCACAAGUUAAACAUAGUAAAGGAAAAAAAAUAUUUUUAGAUAGUAAUGGUAAAAAACCGGAUUCAUCUUGAUGAUUAUCAUCAUUUUCUAGUACAAUUUAUAUACCUACUUAAGUAAUUAGUCAGUUUAAGUGCGAUAUUCGUGGUUACCGGUACUGAAAGCGAUGCUGUGAUAAUCAACAAAUAAAUAUGACAAAAUAUAUAUCUAUUAUUUAUUAUUUAACUCUUUGAACGCCAACACCGCUUAACCUUACGUAUGUGUGUGAUGGUCAAAUCUAUAGUCUGACAAAAAAGAGAAAAAAAUAAAAAGUGGCAAUACCUUAAUAGUCUUGU